AUGGGCGAGGGUUGGACGCCGAGCACUGUCAUCGUAUCCGGCACCCUGGUCGCAGCGCUCUCGGCGGCAGCGCUCUACUAUUUCUUGGGCAGAGGCAAGAAGAAGGUGUUGAUCACGCUUCAACAGGAAGACGUUAAAUAUGCGCUGCCUUUGAUCGAGAAGAAGAUUAUCAGCCAUGACACGAGGAAAUUCCGGUUCGCGCUGCCGACGAAUAACCACAUACUGGGGCUGCCGGUCGGACAACAUAUUUACAUCUCGGCAAAGAUUGAUGGCAAAUUGGUCGUACGGCCCUACACGCCUGUGAGCAGCGACAAUGAUAAAGGUUUUGUCGAUUUGAUGAUCAAGGUAUAUUUCCGAGACGUCAAUCCGAAAUUCCCAGAUGGCGGAAAGAUGAGCCAGCAUUUGGAGGCCAUGGCAAUCGGUGAUACGCUUGAUUUCCGCGGCCCAAAUGGUCUCAUCACCUACCAUGGCCAAGGUGAAUUCAAGGUGAAAGCAGACAAGAAAGCGGCCGCGAAAUCGUUCGUGUUCCACAACGUUAACAUGAUCGCUGGUGGUACUGGGAUCACCCCCAUGCUGCAGAUUAUUGACGCAAUAUUGCGAGUCGCAGACGAUUCGACAAGGCUCGCGCUGCUCUUUGCGAACCAAACCGAAGACGAUAUCUUGUGCCGGGAAGAGCUCGAAGAACUGCAAAAAGCUCAUCCUGAUCGUUUUCGGCUAUGGUACACCGUUGAUCGACCGCCAGCUGAUUGGAAAUACAGCUCGGGUUUCAUUAACGAGAAGAUGAUUAGUGAACAUCUUUACCCGCCAUCUGAAAAUACGUGCGUUCUGAUGUGUGGUCCACCGCCUAUGCUCAACUUCGCCUGUACGCCAAACCUUGACAAGCUCGCCUAUCCGCCAGACACACGUUUCUCCUUC